ACUUGAUAAUACGGUAGAGAGACCAAAACUUGCGUCUGCCUCAAAUGAUCCUCUACUAAUGGAAGAUAAGAUGAUGGCAAGAACAGAGACAGUCAGAGUUGCAAGCGUCACAAAAAAUCUUGCUGCUUUGUCUGUCAAUUACAAACUUCGACCGUAUCAGAAAGAGUUGCUUUUGAAAAUAAAGGAAGCUGAAGGAAAGGGUUGUAAUGCAAUUGUUUGUGCUCCAACGGGUAGUGGGAAAACUCUUGUAGCUGCAAGUUACUGUGCUGAUGUGAUCAUGAGAACACGAGGCAAAUCUCCUGCUGGAGAAGAGAAUAAAUGUGUUUACUUUAUUGUGCCAACAGUUCAUCUUGUUCAUCAGCAAGCUAAGUUUAUAAGAAGCAGUGUGGAGAAUUGUCGUGUUGGUCAAUUAGCUGGUGAUGUAAUGGAAACAACGCUUUGUGAACAGACAAAUAUCAGUGAUGUUGUAGUGAUGACACCAAUGAUUCUAGUGAAUGCCAUGAAGGAGAAGAAUCCUCAAGUGAAGUUAUCUGAUGUGUCUUUGAUUAUUUUUGAUGAAUGUCAUCACACAGAAAAAGAGCAUCCAUACAUGCAUGUUAUGGACAUUUAUUUCAAGGAAAAGUUUGAUUACAGUGAAGCAGGACAUGCUCUACCUCGUGUGUUAGGCAUGACAGCAACUUUAGGUGUUGGAUCAACCAGCACUCAAAGAGAUGCCCAAAGUCAUGUGCUGACAUUGUGUGCAAACUUGGAUGCACCUGAAAUUGUCAAAGUGAUGGAGAACUGUGAUGAUCUGUAUCAGUAUGUUUCUGACCCUGACACUGAGCUGCUGUCUGUGGGCAAACGUCCAAUGGAAGAUCCAUUCUGUUUAGCAACUACAAAGAUUAUGACAGGAAUACGAAGAAAAACAGGGAUGUUGGAAAAGCCAUAUGAUUAUGGAUCAGAUGAGUAUGAGACAACUAUCCACCAACAUCGUAAACUAUUGGAAGAGAAGGGAGAUUAUGAGUCUCUUUUUUAUGUGAAGAUGUUGAUUAGUUUUAAUCGAGCUUUACAAGUAUAUCAAGAUAUGGGGAAGGUUGAAGCGUUAGAUUGUCUUUGUCGAGCAUUUGGUGAUGUGGUCACAGAAGCUGAAGGUCAAUCCAAGUUGGUAGGAUUGAUCCAGAAAGAACGACAGAACAAUGUUGAUCGACUGCAACAGUUAGAAUCAGUAAGUUCACUGCCCAAUCCAAAGCUAAAUGUUCUGAAGUGUUGUUUGCUGAAAGAAUUUCAGACAUCUGAGAAAGCCAAAGGAAUGGUUUUUAUGAAGACACGUGAGCUCACCUCCUAUCUUGUGCAGUGGAUCAAGAAUCAUGAUGAACUGAAUACAAUCAUUACUCCAGUACGUUUGGUAGGUGAAGGCAGUGAAUUCAAAGAUCAGAUCACAAAAGCUGAACAGCUUCAAGCAAUUUGUAGCUUUGACUCUGGAUACUGCAAUCUGUUAGUUGCAACAACAAUAGGGGAAGAAGGGCUGGAUAUUCCAGAGUGUAAUUUUGUUAUUCGUUAUGAAAUUGUGACGAGUGAAGUUGGAGAAGUACAAGCACGAGGUCGAGCUCGUGUUCGUGUCCGUUCUAGUCACUUUGUGGAAAUUGUCACUCGUGGAUCAGUCAACGAAUCUCAUGCAAGAGCUAACAAGUACAGAGAGAAGAUCAUGAAUGAGGCAUCUAAUGUCGUUGCAGUUUUAGAUGAAAUGCACAGACGACAAAUUGAGAGACGCAAACAUUUGGACAUAAAGGCAGAAAAAUUAAAAGUGAAACGAGAGGGCAGCAAAGCAGCAGAUGUUCAUCUGACAUGCAAGCAAUGUGGCAUUAAUGUGUGCCAAGGAUCAGAUAUUAUACGAAUUGAGGCUAACUAUGUGGUACCUGGUGACUGUUUGAAUGCAAAGAUGACAAUACAUCGAACAGAGAGUAAUCAUAUGUACAACAAAGUUGGCAAGAUCUACUGCAGGGAUUGUGGUGCCAACUGGGGUGUGCUGACAACUUUUGAAAAUGCUAAAGAUUUGCCUUCAUUGAAGUGCCUGAGCUUUCUUUUUAACAUAUCAGGCAAGACAAAAGCUUUUAAGAAAUGGAAGCAUGUACCAUUUGAGGUGUAUGAAGGCAGUGAAGAUGACUUGUACUAGUCAAGUUAGUGUUAAUGCACAAGAUUUUAUUUACUGUUAGUAUGCCAAACUCAUCAAAUGGUGAACGUGCUAACAUUACCAUGUAAGGUAGAGCAGAGAAGGUGAAAACAAAAGACGUCAAUUUCAAUGUGUGUGGGCAUACUUUCAGUUCUACUUUCAUCACAUUUAGAAGUCUUCUUUUACACUUUCACUGAAAAUAUAGAAGUUGUAUAAAAGUGUUUAACUUGAUUUUGUUUAAUAGCUAGUGUACACAUUUGGUGACACUUGCACAGAUACAGUAGGUUAGACAAACAUUGUAGACUUAUUUGAAGUGUGGGUAGAGCGUUCCCUACUAGAAGGAAGU